AUGUUAUUGUUGAAGUGUGGAGUUGUAACUCUGCGUGGACUAUGGACAGUCAACAAUGUUCUUAAAAGUUGCACUAUUGCAAAACGGGUGUAUUAUCCAGAGGAGCAGGGCUUCAAAUCCUGGUCCUUGCAUGUGGUGACAUGUGCACUCGACCAGAGGCCAGUCCAUAAAUCAUCUUUUGGAAGAGAAGGAUGGUGGAGAGUAGCAUUAACAAAUACUCCCAUCCCUGGAACAUAUCACUUGAAAACUUUUAUUGAAGAAUCCCUGUUAAAUCCAGUGAUUGCAACCUAUAAUUUUAAAAACCAAGGAAGGAAAAAACCACCUCUUGUGCAAAGAAAUGACCCAGUACUACAUGACCUUCCCCAUUACAUGCCUCCUGACUUCAUGGACUUGUUAAAGAAGCAAGUGGCUACUUAUUCGUUUAAAAAUCAACCUCGGCAAAGUCCCAGUAGACUGGUUUGCAAAGAUCAGUCAAUUAAUCUUUCACCAGGUCAGUACGAUAUACUUCCUGCUCCAGUUCCCAAGUAUGCUGCCAGGAGCUUUGUAUUUCGGUCUGCAGUUCAAAGAUUCCCAACAAGCUACUUUGUCCCUCAUGAAGGUCCAGGACCAGGUCAUUAUAACCUGAAAAUACCUGCAACAAGUUCUGUUACUUCUUGCUUUCAGUCCAGGGUGCCUCGAUUCUUGCCUACCUAUUCGAAAACUCCAGGCCCAGGAGCAUAUACAUCUUCCAGACAGUUCCCUAAGCAGCCCCGGACCAUAGCCAGAAUGGGCCGAGAACACAGCCUCUUCUUCAACAAUACCAUUGGCUUUUAGAAUAAAGUUAACUUGCUUCUACACUA